CGACCGGAGCUUCCAAGAGCCGCGGGUACUAGCGAUUGGCGGCUUAGAAGAAGUUUCCUGUGCCGGGCUUUAUCUACUGGCGUCGUCCUCUCGGGGUUCCCAGAAUGUUCUUUUACUUGAGCAAGAAAAUUGCCAUUCCCAAUAAUGUGAAGCUGAAAUGUAUAUCUUGGAACAAGGACCAAGGAUUCAUAGCAUGUGGUGGUGAAGAUGGAUUACUGAAGGUUUUGAAAUUAGAGACACAGACAGAUGAUGCAAAAUUGAGGGGUCUUGCAGCCCCUAGUAACCUUUCUAUGAAUCAGACUCUUGAAGGUCAUAGUGGUUCUGUUCAAGUUGUAACAUGGAAUGAACAAUAUCAGAAGUUGACUACCAGUGAUCAAAAUGGUCUUAUCAUUGUUUGGAUGUUAUAUAAAGGCUCUUGGUAUGAGGAGAUGAUCAACAAUAGAAAUAAAUCAGUGGUUCGAAGCAUGAGUUGGAAUGCUGACGGACAGAAGAUCUGCAUUGUAUACGAGGAUGGGGCUGUGAUAGUUGGUUCAGUGGAUGGGAAUCGCAUUUGGGGAAAAGACCUGAAGGGUAUACAGUUAUGUCAUGUAGCAUGGUCCGCAGAUAGUAAAAUCUUACUUUUUGGAAUGGCAAAUGGAGAAAUACAUAUUUAUGAUAAUCAAGGGAAUUUUAUAAUGAAAAUGAAACUGAGUUGUUUGGUGAAUGUCACUGGAGCAAUCAGUAUUGCUGGAAUUCACUGGUACCACGGCACAGAAGGCUAUGUGGAGCCACAUUGCCCCUGCCUUGCGAUUUGUUUUGACAAUGGCAGAUGCCAAAUAAUGAGGCAUGAGAAUGACCAAAAUCCUGUUUUAAUUGAUAGUGGCAUGUAUGUAGUAAGUAUCCAGUGGAACCACACUGGCAGCGUGUUAGCUGUGGCAGGCUCCCAGAAGGCCAUCACUCAGGACAAAGAUGUAAACACUGUGCAGUUUUACACUCCAUUUGGUGAGCAUCUGGGUACUUUGAAGAUUCCUGGAAAGCAGAUGUCUGCACUAUCUUGGGAAGGAGGUGGACUGAAAAUUGCACUAGCUGUUGAUUCUUUUAUAUAUUUUGCAAAUAUUCGACCCGAUUAUAAGUGGGGAUAUUGCUCAAACACUGUAGUUUAUGCUUAUACCAGACCUGAUCGUCCAGAGUACUGUGUUAUCUUUUGGGAUACAAAAAACAAUGAGAAAUAUGUUAAGUAUGUGAAGAGUCUAAUUUCUAUUACUACUUGUGGAGAUUUCUGCAUUUUGGCUACAAAAGCUGAUGAAAAUCAUCCUCAGUUCGUGCUAGUUCUUUGUAAUUCUAUUGGCACACCUCUGGAUCCCAAAUACAUUGAUCUUGUACCAUUGUUUGUUACAAUGACCAAAACCCAUGUGAUAGCAGCUUCAAAAGAAGCAUUUUAUACCUGGCAGUAUCGUGUGGCAAAGAAGCUCACAGCAUUGGAAAUUAAUCAGAUCACCCGGUCUCGAAAAGAAGGGAGAGAAAGAAUUUAUCAUGUUGAUGAUACUCCUUCUGGAUCGGUGGAUGGUGUGCUUGAUUAUAGUAAAGCCAUUCAAGGCACAAGGGAUCCAAUUUGUGCCAUAACUGCAUCUGAUAAGACAUUGAUUGUGAGUCGUGAAUCUGGCACCAUUCAGAGAUACAGUCUUCCUAAUGUUGGUUUGAUUCAAAAAUACUCCCUUAAUUGUCGAGCCUACCAGUUGUCCUUGAAUUGCAACUCCAGUCGUCUUGCUAUCAUAGACAUCUCAGGAGUUCUGACCUUCUUUGACUUGGAUGCUCGGGUAACAGACAGCACAGGACAGCAAGUUAUUGGCGAGUUGUUAAAAUUGGAGCGAAAAGAUGUCUGGGAUAUGAAGUGGGCCAAAGAUAAUCCUGAUUUGUUUGCAAUGAUGGAGAAGACAAGAAUGUAUGUUUUCAGAAACUUGGAUCCUGAGGAACCCAUUCAGACUUCUGGAUAUAUUUGUAAUUUUGAGGAUUUAGAAAUUAAAUCUGUUCUUUUGGAUGAGAUAUUAAAGAAUCCAGAAUAUCCAAACAAGGAUUAUAUCAUUAACUUUGAGAUUCGGUCCCUGAGAGAUAGCCGAGCACUGAUUGAGAAGGUUGGAAUUGAGGAUGCAUCUCAGUUCAUAGAGGAUAAUCCACACCCCCGACUUUGGCGUCUACUGGCUGAAGCAGGUCUUCAGAAACUGGAUUUGCACACUGCAGAGCAAGCGUUUGUGCGCUGCAAAGAUUACCAAGGCAUUAAGUUUGUGAAGCGCCUGGGUAACCUGCAGAGUGAGUCCAUGAAGCAGGCGGAAGUGGCUGCCUACUUUGGCAGGUUCGAAGAGGCUGAAAGGAUGUAUCUCCAUAUGGACAGAAGAGAUCUGGCUAUUGGCCUCCGGCUGAAGUUGGGAGAUUGGUUUCGAGUACUCCAGCUCCUGAAAACUGGAUCUGGUGAUGCGGAUGACAGUCUCCUUGAACAAGCCCACAAUGCCAUCGGAGACUACUUUGCUGAUCGGCAAAAGUGGUUGAAUGCUGUACAAUAUUAUGUACAAGGCCGAAACCAGGAACGCUUAGCUGAGUGUUAUUAUAUGUUAGAGGAUUAUGAGGGAUUGGAGAAUCUUGCCAAUUCACUUCCAGAAAACCACAAGUUGCUUCCAGAAAUAGCACAAAUGUUUGUGAGAGCUGGAAUGUGUGAACAAGCAGUGACUGCGUUUUUGAAAUGUAAUCAACCAAAGGCAGCAGUGGAUACCUGUGUACAUCUCAACCGAUGGAACAAAGCUGUUGAAUUGGCUAAAAGUCAUAAUAUGAAGGAAAUUGGUUCCCUGUUAGCGAGGUAUGCAUCUCAUUUAUUGGAAAAGAAUAAAAUUCUUGAUGCCAUAGAACUCUAUCGGAAAGCCAGUUACUUUUAUGAUGCUGCUAAGCUGAUGUUUAAGAUUGCAGAUGAAGAGGCAAAGAAAAGAACUAAACCUUUACGUGUUAAGAAGCUCUAUGUACUAUCAGCUUUACUUAUAGAGCAGUACCAUGAACAAAUGAAAAAUGCCCAACGAGGAAAAGUUAAAGGAAAGAGCUCAGAGGCCAGUUCUGCUUUGGCUGGUUUGCUGGAAGAAGAAGUUCUGUCUACAACUAGUCGUUUCACAGAUAAUGCUUGGAGAGGGGCUGAGGCUUACCACUUCUUCAUCCUGGCGCAGAGGCAGCUCUACGAGGGCUAUGUUGACAGUGCAUUAAAGACAGCUCUUCACCUGAGAGACUAUGAAGACAUUAUCCCUGCCGUUGAGAUCUACUCUCUGUUAGCACUCUGUGCGUGUGCCAGUAGGGCUUUUGGCACUUGUUCAAAAGCUUUUAUUAAACUCGAAUCUUUAGAGACCCUCAGUUCAGAACAGAAACAGCAAUAUGAAGAUCUUGCUCUAGAAAUCUUCACCAAACAUACUCCAAAAGAUAACAGAAAAUCUGAAUUGGACAGCCUUCUUGAAGGAGGGGAAGGGAAGCUGCCGACAUGUGUUGCCACAGGAAACCCGGUCACUGAAUAUCAAUUCUGGACGUGCAACGUGUGCAAGCACUGUGUCCAGGCUCAGGAAAUAAGUAACUAUAACUUCUGUCCCUUAUGCCAUAGUGCAGUGGGAUGAAGAAAUGACAAGCUGCCUAUAAUAGGAAUGUUUAUAUAACAAUGUUGACUUUAUGUAAAUAAGCAUCAUUAUUUCAGUUGUAUUUUUAUAAAAAUUUUCUAUAUAUAUAUAAAAUACAUAAUAUAUACAUAUAUAAAAUUUUGUGUAAAAAUACAACCAUGAAAUAAUGAUGCUGAUUGUCAUAUAAAUGUAUGGCAAUGGACCAUAUUGUCUGCCUGUCUGUCUUAUUUAUCUAUCUAUCUGUCUAUUUAUCUAUCUUGUGGUUGGUUAUAUGAUACUAUGGAAAUAUUCCAAAUAAGAAAAUUUUUCUCACAGUGUCACGGUUACUAGCAGGGAGGGAUGGGGGAAACAUGGGAAUGGGGCAAAGUUGAAUUUAGGGAACUGACAUAACCUGUAUUAGACAGAGGUUAAACAGUUGAAAUACCAAAAUGAGUACUGUCUCUAGCUGUGUUUAAUUAAAUAAGCAUUGAAAGUCUUCUCUAUUUUAUUUUCAGAAGUGAAGGCAUUUUAAGACAUUGUUUUUUACAAUUUGAAUUGUUUCUAAUAGCUUAAUUUUUAUAUAGCUUUUCCUUUUUAAUCUACCCUUUUAGUUUCAUCUAAGAGAUGACAUUUGGCACUUUACUCUUCAUAUUAUUGUGCCGAACACUUAGCUCUAUAUAAUGAUAUACAUUUAUACAAAAACAUCUAGUUUGUAGCUGUAGUUUUACUUGAAACAUUGUCACCAAGCUGGAUCCUUUCUUUAAACAACUCUUGGGUUGUGGGGAGUGAUUCUCAAUAUGCAUCUGUUUUGACUUACUGUCAUUAAUUUAAAAAAGAAAAAUUGUAAUCAGUAAUGGGUAAUUUCUUACCUGUUUUAUGUAGCUAAUAAUGUUCUCCAUUUCUCACGAUCUUACUUCCUCUCAUUUUAUGGUUUCAGGCCAGACUUAAGCACUAUUCCGUCAAGAUUAUUUGGUGAAGUUUGGCUGAUAUUUAGCAGAGGCAACAAAGAGAAAUAUGCAAGGUUGUUAUUGCAGCUUCAAUACUUAGGUUAGUUAACUCUCUCAAUGUGAUAUGUUUCUGGUCCUUUAGAGCCAAGUUAAGCCUGAUGCAGAUGGAGAAUAGUGAGCUAUGAGAAGAGGUUUAGAGCUUAAAUGAGUUCAUUAUAGAUAGCAAGCUCCUGUGCCUAAAUAAAAUGAGAAGACCAGAAAUCUUCGAAGUCUCUGACUGUGUUCACGUGCCUUGUGGGAAGUUACCUUGAUACAAUGGUAGCCUCCAAAUACACUACCAAGCAAGCCAUUCCAGAGGUCAUGGAACAGAAAGGGGUUACAAGCUCAAAUCACAUGGUUUAUUGAAUCAACUUGAAAUAUACAGUGAAGAACAAGGAGAAAGUGAUGGGAUAGAUUAAUACUAUUAGUAUAGGAUGCCAGUCAGGUAGAGAGAGUACAGUUCCUGAUUCCUGAGUUAUAUACUGUUCUUAUGUCCUGACUCUUACUCUGCCUCAUCACCUUCCCCUUGAUAGUGUGGCUAGGAAGAGGACCAGAGCUGAGAUUUGAGCCAGGGGACCCGAUCGAAUGGAGUGUGCCCAAGGCCAGUGAGGCACAUUUGCUCAAUAGAAAAGGCAGUUUUACCUGGUCAUAGCUGUAGGUGCCAAUGAGCCUGCUGAGCAGUUGUGGAUUCAGUUGUAUUUCCUGGGCAGAGGACAGACCAGAAUAAGUGUCAUCAGUGGGUAAUUGAAUUAAGACCUCCCACAUAUUGAGCACUUGAUAAGUCUUAUGCAUACCUAGUGUGCCGUGAAUAUUUAGUGCCUUGGUUGCCUUUUGUAUUUUUAGUGCCUUGUCAAUAUUAGGUGUAGUCACACAUAUAUGCUCUAUUUACUUUGUCUAACAUGUCUCAUAAGUUUCUAACUUAUCUAAGUUUAAGACAGUGAAUUUCAUCUAUCUCAUUUGUUUUUGUCUAUAACAGAAUGCAGUAUUCCCCCAAAUCAGAAAACAACAUCCUAACUAAGAUAUCAGCCCUAGGGAAUAUAUCUCCUGUUGAACUUAAUUACAUCUUCCCACAAGACUUUCUCUUUUCAGGAAUGAAACUAUUCUCUGCUUCAUCAAUGAGAGAGAAGUUUUCAGGGAUGUAGGUUUAGGAAUUCCUGCAGGACUGCACGUUCAGAGUUGUGAUUCUUGGUCCAUGGUCUAAUGCCUGAAUAUCUCUUCUUUCCCUUUCUCAUCCCAGAAAUCGGCUGAGAACUCAAAAGUUAGAUUGUCAUUCUCUAGCCCUUACUGUUACUUGUUGAUUACACUCCCAUUUGCUUCAAUUCCAAAAUCAGCUGUUGACUCCUCAGACUUUUCCUAACAUAUCUUAUGGGAACUCUCUUUUGGAGCCUUCUCAUUUGCCACUAAUUCCUUGCUACCUGAGCGCUAGAAUAUUUCCUCCAACUAAUUAUUUCAGAUAGAUCCCGAGUUGUUGUCACUACUUCUUGUUCAGUUUAAUCAAGAAACCAAAAUCUCUAAAAACAACCUCUCAUACCUUGUAGACCUAGAUUAUCACAUAUGUAUAUGUGUGUAUGUAUGUAUAUAUACUUAUACACAUACAUAUACCCACAUGCAUAUACAUAUAUAUAUAUAUAUAUAUAUAUGUACACACACAGACAUAUCUUUCCAACUACUGUAAAAGCUUAUGACUAUUUGGGAUUUAUAUCUGUGAAUGUUUUAGGGAUCUGCUGUGAUGUCUUGGGGACAGACCUUUGUCCUGCUUGAAAAUUGGUUUUAUUCAACAUGAAGGAAAUUUCAGGAUAACAACACCAACAAAUUCUCCCCUGAUUAAAGGGGCAGUGAGAAGCAAAAUUGUCUAUAUAUAACAAAUACUUGGAGAGAAUUUGGAUAGACAGAAUGAGGCAGUAUAUUGAAGACAUUAUAAUCAAUGUUGUUCUCUUCUUGUAAUAAACAUGAGCUGACUCCCUUUAAGUAAUGCUUUUCUUUAUCAUAAAAUUUGGCCUGAAUUAUGUUAAGUUUCAAAGUAGCAUGGUAGGCCGAACUAUUGAGAUGAUUGAACUGAUUGAUAAAGCUAUACAAAUAAGCAGUGUGCUAACAAGCAGCGUAGCAUCGUUGACCUGCUGUCAUGCACAAAUGCUAAUUUUAUUUUAUAUAUGUAUUAUAUAUAUAUAUAUUACAUACAUGUUUUUGCUAACAUACACUUUGAAAUUAUCUUUUUGUAUUCUAAGAGCUGAGAUCUUAGGUUUUAUGUGGCAUUAGUGAAAAAACAUAAAAAUAAUAAAUGUUGAGGUAAAAAUUGUAUUUAUCCUGUUUUCUUUAUCUAUAACUCAUGCUAACAUGGUAUUUGUCUUGUUUUGAUUUAAAUAUUUUGAUGGGGGUUGGGUCGAAGGGUAUUGGGCUCCAGAGUGGAUAAGGGGAGAUAGGGACGGGAGGUACAGUAGUUGUACAAUAUCACUUUUGCUACCUAUAGGAAAACAACAACAACUUAUUAAAGAUACUAGGCAAAUGUCUGAUGACUGGAGGUUGCAGUGAAUUACUCCUUAAAGAUCAUACAGAGUUCACAUUUAGAAAUGGGGGAAACAUUGUUCCCAGAUUUUUAAUGGAAAAUCAAGAGUACCUAAUUUGAUGAUGUU